CAUUACGCCAUUCCAAAACAUAAAAUUAAUUUCGACGUAAACAACAAGACGAGAAAAGUUAAAUAUUGUCUAAUUCUCAAGUUUCCCUGGUUUCAAAUGGCGAAGCAAAGGUCUUAUUUAUCAGAAACUAACGACGAAACUUCCUUGCAAUUUUAUGCUAAAGAGGAUGACUCGACAACAUCUAACAAUGAACGAAAAUACAUGAGAAUCUUGGUAAAUCCUGUUGAUGUGUUUAAAAGUAUUGGGCCAAAGCUGGUUCCGUUUGCCAAAACAGUUUGUGUGUAUUUUGUGGCAGGAUUGCACCAACCAUCAGUUUUGAACGCACUUCUAAAAUGUCUACCAGUCAUCUGCCUUUGUUUUUUCAUUGGAGUGCAAGGUGUGAGUAUGCGUCCCGAACACCGUUACAAUCGUCACGUGCUUCUAGGUAUGAUGUUCUCGUGUCUGGGUGAUGCUUUGAUGGUGUGGAAACCACGUCUGUUCAUUCAUUCCAUGUUAGCCUUUGCUGUUGCUCAUAUCCUCUACACCAUAGCAUUUGAAAUGCGACCCUUCCGCCUUAAAACGGGCGUGGUCUGCUCAGUUUAUGGUUUAUUGGUAUUUUCAGUCUUAUAUCCUCAACUGAAAGGUGUCAUGUUAAUUUGUGUUGGCAUUUAUACUUUUCUCAUUUUUAUGAUGUGUUGGAGGGCAGUGACGCGACUUCAAGUGGACAAACUGUGGAAAUGGAACAACAUGUGUGCUUGUGGUGGUGCCCUGCUUUUUGUCUUCUCCGAUACCAUGAUUGCACUUGAUAAGUUUUAUGCACCAAUCAUCUAUCGACGUAGCAUCGUCAUGACAACAUAUUAUCUGGCACAGCUAGGUAUCGCCAUGUCAACGUGCAAGCAUAACAUUAAUGACGUCGUGCUUAACCUCCAACCGGAAACCUGCAAGAAAGGUCGUGUUCAAACAAUGAAAAUAGAUUAGGUUCGAGUAUAGUACGUAUAUGGACAUUUAUUGUAGACAAAUGUAUCUUCUAUUUAACCGCCUCAUGAUAUGGUGUUUAUUUGCGUUUUGCUUGAACAUGAAAAAAAUACGUAUAAUUCCUUAGUUUAUACCACAUAGCUUGACAUCUUAUCCAUACACUGUUUUAUUUUUUGUGCAUAACAGUGCGUUCCCCUUUUUCCUCCUUUAUAACUACAUAUGGAUUAUAAAUGUGUAAGGAAUGUGACAUGAUGUCAAGAUAAAUAUGAUCACUAUAGUACAGUUACCCGUAGCAUGUUAUUAUAUAGGACGUGGGCGUAUUCUACUGCGUCUUAUAAUAGAAAUGAUAAAGAAAAUUUAUUGUAAAAGAAAGAAAAUGAAAAACUUAGUUCAACUAUA